AUGCACUUCCAAUCGCGCGUAUCCACAACCACCGUUCACGAACUCCUUUUCGCCGACGACUGCGCCCUGAACACCACCUCGGAAGAGGAGAUUCAACGGGGCAUGGACCUGUUCUCCGCCGCCUGCGAGAACUUCGGUCUGGUCAUUAACACUCAGAAGACGGUCGUGAUGCACCAAUCGCCCCCUAACACCGCCACUCCCCCCAACGCGUCGCAAAUCAGCGUGAAUGGAACCCAACUGCACGUGGUGGAGAACUUCCCGUAUCUGGGCAGCACCCUCUCGAUUAACACCAAAAUCGAUGACGAAGUCGUUCGCAGGAUCUUGAAAGCCAGUCAAGCCUUCGGCCGCCGCCAAAGCACAGUUUGGAAUCGUCACGGUCUUCAACUGAACACGAAGCUGAAGAUGUACAAGGCCGUCAUCCUGCUGAUGCUGUUGUACGGAGCGGAGACUUGGACAGUUUAUACAAAACAGGCACUCCGACUGAACCAAUUCGACCUCAGUUGUCUUCGUCCCAUUCUAAGGCUGAACUGGUAG